AUGAAUUCACCGAAUGACAAUUGCGAGUGUGAAGGUGACUUUGUAUCCUCUGCGCACGGGAUCAUUCUCGAGAAUGAAGUUGUCACUGCUGCUUUCAAACUGCAUGCGGAUCGUGUGCUCGUGCAGCCACUGGAGGGUCCUUUGAUUGUGCCCCCAUUUGCCACGGGCAGCGUUUGCAUUCGGUUCACGGUGCGUGCUGGGCAUCGUUCCACUGGUGUUGCCAAUGCUGACAUGGUGCUGUGCGUGGCUGCGGCGCUGUCGGUGGUGGUGCACUCGACGACUGCCGCGAUGCCUGCGAGGGAGCACCACGACUGCGACGACAUUGAUGGCAUCGAGCUGCAGGAUGGCGAUGGGGACGGGAGGACGCUGGAGUCGCACCGGUUGCAGCGCCACGCGAAGGAGGAGUGGAUGGCAGCGAUUGGGAGUGCCGGCUGCUGCACGGAGCUGACGCUGGCCGCACCGGCUGACCUGGGCUGCAUGAGGGUGAAGUGGGAUAUGGCGGAGCCGAUGCGUUGGUGGAGGAAUUCGAACUGUGCGCUGCUGCAGAGGAAGUGCUCCGCACUGCAAAUGAGUGAAUAUCCCCAGAUGUUCUGA